UCUUGUCCACGUUUAAUGUUUGUGGCCAGUAAUUUUGCAAUAUUUAUUUUGAAUGAUUGGAUAUGUUGUUCAAACUUACAGGUUCAAGAACAUAAUCAUCCCCACAUUCUUCUUUUGCAAAUUGGAAAUACUUUCUGUAAACUCCCCGGUGGCAGAUUGAAGCCAGGAGAGAAUGAGAUUGAAGGCUUGAAAAGGAAGCUCUCUAGCAAACUUGCUGCUAAUUCAUCUCUGCAGCCAGAUUGGCAGAUAGGUGAGUGUGUGGCUAUCUGGUGGAGACCGAAUUUUGAAACCACAAUGUAUCCUUACUGCCCUCCACACAUAACAAAGCCUAAGGAGUGCAAGAAGCUUUUCCUUGUUCACUUGUCUGAAAGAGAGUACUUUGCUGUGCCUAAGAACUUGAAACUUCUAGCUGUCCCAUUGUUUGAACUAUACGACAAUGUUCAGAGAUAUGGACCAGUCAUAUCCACUAUUCCACAGCAGCUAUCCAGGUUUCAGUUCAACAUGAUCCACCAGUAGGAUUAGUCAUGGACUCCGAACUCAGCUGAGGAGUUCAAUUGGUUAGUGUACCACCUCCCGGGAUGACUCUGAAAAUUCUAUUUCAUACCACGAUCAAUCUUCCUACGACUGACUUGACACUUAAAAUUCGGUACUUGUUUCAGUUAUUUUAGUUUUGUUCAACUCGCGGUGAGAAAUUUUUCUGCUUUAGUACUUGAUAUAUUAUAAUGUCAUGUAAACUCAUGUACAAUAAUUUAAGAGCGGUUGAUGAGACGAUUAGAUAUGAAAACAAGAUUUCUUCCUCAUAUUGCUGUCUGGGAUUCGGUACAAGAAUUGUUCAAGAGUUGUUUGUCA